AUGUCAGACGACGACGAGGCUCCAGAGGAGGCUGGGUCUGAUGCCUGCUCAGAAACAUCAAAAUGCAAGAUGGAAUGCAAACAGUGUUCCCAAAGCUGUUUAGCAGAUUCUUCCGAUGCAGGCUCUUCUAGCGAUCAAGACCCAUCAGACAGCCUCUCGGGAAGCGAGGAAUGUUUGGCAAGAAUAGUCUGUCUGAAAAAGACUCGGCUGAAAUGCGCCAGCAGCCCAGGCAGUUCAGAAGACAAGUCCUCCACGUGCUCCGUGAGCUCGGCGUCUGAAUCCGCCAAAUGCCAUUCAAAGUCAAAAGACCAUGUCCCUGAGCCGACAUCAGGCUCGGAAGAUACAGAAAGCAGUACCACAAAAUCGUCCACCGCCGCCGCCCAGUCGGAAGAUUCGUCCCAGAGUAACAAGACGUCAAACUGCGAUAAGAACAGUCCCGAGUCUACCAACACAAAAGACAAAGCAGGGUGGUCACUCUCAGAAGACAGCCUCCUGCGGUCCAUGAAGGAGGCCAACGACGGCCUGAGCUGGGAGGAGAUUGGCAAGAGCCUCAAUCGCGGCAAAAACGAAUGCAAGAGCCGUUGGAAAGUCAUCAGGAAUCAGCCCAAGCAAGGGACUUUACCAGAAGACGGGUCCAACGGCAACGCAGAGCACGAAGCACCGUCGCCGACCGAGGCAGAUGAUGGGACGGCCGCCGAGGCAGAUGGAAAGACCGCCGCAGAUGGAAAGACCGCCGCAGCUGCCGAUUUCAACACGCCGCCGGAUCAGCAGGUAGAAGAAGCAGACAAAGCCUCGCGUCAGCACGACGAAGACGACCUGAGUGAGCACGAGCGCCAGAAACAGUACUGGCACCGACACAUUGGCCGCCACCUCUACCCAGCGUCCAUCAGGAUCGAGCCCGACGCGCAUUUCUCACAGAGCGACUGCCGCGUGCUGGAGAUGAUUGACGCGCGAUACGGGAGCAUGCGCCGGCUGGAGGCGCAGGCGCGCUUUUACAAUGAGACGGGGCGGAUGGUGCCGCUGGAGGUGAUUCGGAGAAAGUGCGAGGAUGCCACGGUGAGGAGGACCGAGGCUGACAUUGAUGGCUGGCUGGAGAGUAUUUCGGAUUGA